UGCCCUCGCAUACAUAAUGUACCAACUAGGCUCAAAACUUGGUAUUGAUGCGAGACGCACAUAAGUUGUAUAUCCGGUGAAGCCUCGUCGCUUCCGUCUUCGACGUGAGAUGAUUUUAGUACAUCGUUUCAUCAAACAGAGCACAAAUUUCAUCUCGAAGCAGUGCCGCAAAUCUAGCAACCAACUAGAACACCAUGUCCAACACUCCAAUUGCUUCAUCGCCUCCCUUGAAUGGGCUUUUGGACGCCUAUGCAGAAGUCUUCGAUGCUGUUGACAGUCUUCAAGAGGCUGGCCUCAAAAGGGAACUCAUACCUAAGCUUGUCGUGGUAGGAGAUCAGAGCAGUGGCAAAAGCUCUGUUCUCGAAGCUAUCUGCAAGAUCCCCUUCCCUGUGCACGAAGAUCUUUGCACCAGGUUUCCAAUUGAGCUGGUUCAACGCAAGUCUCUCAUAGAGUCGAUCACUAUCACUAUUAGCGUUGUUGAGAGAGGUCUCAAUGAGGACACCCUGACCCGGUUCAAAAAGGAGCUUGCUCCGGGGGAUUCAGAGGGACUGACAACCUCCAUUCAAGAGGCCUCCGCACUCAUUCUUGGCCCCUCGGCCACGGCUGCAUCUCAUCGCCAUUUCAGUAUGAAUAUACUGAGGAUCACUAUACUAGGCCCUGAAAAAUAUCCUCUCACAUUGGUGGACUUGCCAGGGUUCUUCCAGUCCUCAACUGACAGUCAGAACGAGAAAGACAGGCAUGUCGUUGAAGAAAUAGUAGCUCCCUAUUUGAGGGAGCCACGCAACGGCCUGCUCCUCAUUAUGCGGGCUUCCACGACGUGGGCGACCCAGACAGCCCCUUCGCAGGUAGCGUGUCCUGACGUUGAUCCCGACGGGGAAAGAACGCUCGGAAUCUUCACUCAUCUCGAUAACAUAAACUCCUCUCGCCUGGUAAUGGACCGGUUCAGCGGUCAAACGAAGUGGAACCCCAGGUAUGGCUGGCAUGGACUUAAAAACCUGUCAGACGAGGAGCGACAGAGGGGUCAUGAUCGAGAUGAAAUCGAAAAAGUCUUCUUCAAGAAAAACUGGCCCAAGAUUGAGAGUUCUUGUAAAGGAAUUGUUAAUCUACGUCCUCGACUGAGCGAGAUCUUGGCGAAACAAAUCAGACUACAUCUUGGAGACUUAAUCAGUGAGGUGAAGGCAGAGAUCAAAAACCUCAAUAUCAAGAUUGAUAGAUUGGGGAAGAAGAGGACAACUGAACAGGAGCAGCGCAACUAUCUGUCGAAAAUGGCUGGAGACUUCCAGGAACUAUGCACUGACGCCGUGUCUGGUCGCUACGGAGAGGGGACGGCAUCGAGGCAGUUGCAAGAUUUUUUCUAUGACCCUGAAGACCCGGAGCAGAGAAGUCAGGACAAGCGACUGCAAGCCAUGGCCCGAGCUUUGGGCCAACUCUUCGUUUCAGUAAUGAUAGAAAGGGGAAAGAAGACCGAACUUCAUGAGUCUGAGCCAGCCAAGAAAGCGGACUUGUCUAGAGACUUUCUCGAUCGGCUAUCGGAAAUUGAGGCUGAGGCUCCUGCUCAAGACUUGGAGCAUAUCGACGAUACCCGGGUUUCUGGCAGAAGCGAACGGAAGGCAAGUCGGUCAUCAAUUGAUGGACCCCACAACAGCAGCCGCAGCUACCCAGAGAGUCAAAAGACCCGGUACUCUGAAACUGAGGUCCCACCUUUCCAUAAGAAUGAGGGAGCAGUCGAAGAAGACGAUAAUGAUGAACGUUGUGGGGGCCAUAGCACAGAAGCCCAUAGUCGUCGAGGCGACUCGCGUAACUUUCUUCCGAAUAGAAGGCCAAGAAAAACCGAAGAAUAUUUAGACCACGGGUCCACUUUUUCGGCGCCCCCAUUCCUACGCGAAGAAAUCCUCAAUGAGUACAACGCAUUCGAGUCCCCCAUCAAAACGAGUUUCAAUGGCUACGAAACCCAGGUCCUAGCUGAAGCGGUCCGAUGGAGAGGGACUGAAAGCUUGGAUGAUGUCAAUCCUGCCAUGGUAUCCCACUUAUAUCGCGACCAAACAUCACGCUGGCGAUCCAUCGCUCAUCGACAUCUGGAAUUUGUAUGGGAUUCAGUAACUCGAUUCGUCCAUCUUGCACUGAAACAUUGCGUUGACUCAUCGCUGUUACUGUCCCUUGAAGACUUUAUCAUUAACGACCGCCUUGACAAGCUCCGUCUCAGCGCCGAGGCAAAGCUUGAGGAGCUUCUUUCUUGUCAUGAGGGUACGAACCCAGCUUUCCAUGACUUUCUCAGGGAGUUCCAAGAUGAAUCGCUGGAGUUCAGCAACAGAAUUGCCCCAAACAGCUUCUACGCGAAGAAGACUAUCCUAAAACGGGUCGAAGACACUCUCUCACCCGAGGUGUUUAAAAAAAUCUUGGAAACGGCUUGUCAAACCUUUAACGGGAAAAUAAAACCCAAGAAUGCAUUUGCCGAUUUUGUUCUGUGCCAGGUUAAAGAGGCUGUUACAGGUCAAAUUUUCAAAGGCAAUACGCAAACUGACUCAUCAUUGAGAUACAUGCAAGACAAAGAACGAGGUGCAGUGCGCCGCAAUAUCCUGAUGAUCGAAAGGUACUACAAGCUGUCUUUAAUCUCUUUUAUCUCUUAUGUCAACGCUUUGGUAAUACAUAACGGUCUUCUUGACAGAGUGCCUUACGAGAUCUUUAGUCACAACAUUGUGUCAGAACAGACGGCAAAAACGAUCGCUGAUAUUGCAGGAGAAAAGAAGAAGGACGCAAGGAAGCGUUUGGAUUGCGAGAAUAAGUUGGGAAUUCUGAAGGAGGCGUUAUAUACCCUCGAGGGCUUUCGUAACGACUAAGCAUGCUGGUAUGGAAGGGAAUUCCAUUGGUACCUCGAGACCCUACACCUGUUCCUUCUCUAUUUUUGGC